AAAACCAAAUCCCAUGGGAAGUUCCCCUUCCAGUACUCCAACGCCCUUGUGGUGUCUGUUCCCAUUGGAUCGCCGCCGCAGCAGAUGGACAUGGUCGUAGACACCGGCAGCCAACUGUCCUGGAUUCAAUGCCACGGCAAAGUAAGGAGAAAAUCAGUGAAGCCCAUGAUUAAUUGGUUUGACCCUUAUCUCUCCUCCUCUUUCUCUUUCCUUCCCUGUAACACCACUCUGUGCAGACCCCGAAUUCCCGAUUUUACCCUUCCUACUUCUUGUGACCCAACUCGCCACUGCCACUACUCCUACUUCUACGCGGAUGGGACCCUGGCCGAGGGUAAUCUCGUCACUGAAAAAUUCACCUUCUCCAAUUCCUUAACUACCCGCUCCCUCCUUCUGGGCUGCGCUACGGCCUCCACCCAAAACAGGGGUAUGUUGGGAAUGAAUACUGGACGCCUCUCCUUCAUCUCCCAGGCCAAAAUAUCCAAGUUUUCCUAUUGCGUUCCGGAUCGAACCGGGUCGGAUCUAACCGGCUUGUUCUACCUUGGAGACAACCCCAACUCCGCUAAAUUCAAAUACGUCAACAUGUUGACUUUCCCCAAAAGUCGACUCUCCCCGAAUCUUGACAAGUCGGCCUACACCCUCCCGAUGAAGGGGAUAAGAAUAGGCAACAACAAACUCAACAUCUCGCCCGCCGUUUUCAAACCGGACCCAUCUGGGGCCGGUCAGACCAUGAUCGACUCCGGCUCCGAUUUGACGUAUUUGGUAGAUGAGGCCUACAGCAAGGUCAGAGAAGAGAUGGUCAGAUUAGUGGGGCCCAUGAUGAAGAAAGGAUACGAAUACGCUGCCGUCGCCGACAUGUGUUUCGACGGCGCAGUGGCGGCGGCGGUGGGUCGGAGGAUCGGCGACAUGUGGUUCCAGUUUGAGAAUGGGGUGGAGAUAUUGGUCGGGAAAGGGGAAGGGUUAUUGACGGAAGUGGAGGAAGGGGUGAAGUGUGUGGGGAUCGGACGGUCAGAUAGACUUGUGACUGAGAGUAAUAUAAUCGGGAACGUUCAUCAGCAGAAUAUGUGGGUGGAGUACGAUCUAAUCAAUAAGAGAAUUGGGUUUGGUGUUGCUAAGUGUAGUGGAUUGAAGGCAUGA